UCCAGUUCGCUCCGAUCCUCCACUAUUUUCAGUGUCCCAGCCCCAAUGUUUUGUGUCAUAAAAACGAAAUACUCAAAAAACUCAGCUGAAUCAAUUAAUUACUCAGUAUUGAAUACAUUUACUCUCAACCUGUUCAAUUAAUUGAGACACAUCAAGAGUAGAAGUAUCAACAAAGCUCGUGCUGUGAAAUAAGAUGAAAACAAAAUAACCAGUGUCUAACCUCAAUUCGUCUCAUGGAUUCUCCAGCGAGUACUCCGGGUUUUCAAGCCCUGGAAGUAGCCCGCAACAACCACGACCUUCAGAUCUUCAAGAAACCAAGUGGAACCCCUCUGCGAUCGAAAAAAUUCAAAGCGAAAAUCCUCGACGAAGAUGCGUACGUCGAGCGUAUGGGCAAAAUCAUCGAGCGAGACUUCUUUCCUGACUUGGAAAAACUGAAAGCGCAGAAUGAUUACUUGGAGGCUUUGGAGCAGAACGACGUGAAGAAGAUGCGUGAGUUGUACGAAAAAUAUAGUUCCGGUCGUCCUGCAACCGAGAGAGUUUCGAGUCCUGCGACCUUUGAGACACCCCUCCGAGAGGAGCCUGGAGACGUGUCAGACAGGGAAAGUGUGAUAACAAAAUCAGGGAGCGCCUUGGAGACCGGUAUAAGGGAUAAAAUUGGAUUAGAUGGUUUUUUGAGCACUCACACCAGCGAAGACAAUGCCUCUUUCGAGGAGAUGAUGGAAGAGGCUGAGAAGAGACAGAGGAUAAAGUAUUCGUGGCUCUACGACGUCGAAGAGAAAUCAAAGAUACUGGCCAUUGAAGCCAACAAAGUAGUGACGAUUGAAAAUGGAAAAACCAAAAAACCUCUCUCACUCGACACCUGGAGUUACAAGAAUAAAAACUACAUAAUGUACGUGCCAGAUGGAGUUGAAUUGACCCCAGACGAGAAAGUCGAAAUGGCGAAGAGGAAGCAGGAGGUGGUGCAUGACAACACCAGGCUGACAGUCAAUCCGUUCAAUGAGAAACAGAAUAAGGAGACGAUUAAUGAGUUGGCGAAGUCGCAGUCCAAGGCGAAUGAUGGUAAAAUAGGAGUAGAUGGAAAAGAAAUUGUGAGGAAUCCAACGCCUCGAGUCAAUGGAUUCAGUUUUGUUGCUACACCAAGUCCGAGGCCUGGAGAGUGCGACAGUCCUUUCAUGACGUGGGGUCAGAUUGAAGGGACACCAUUCAGGUUGGACGGGGGAGACACACCCUUGUUCAGGAGUAAUCAGGGGCCUUCGUUCAGGAUGGCUGAGCCACCGAAGAGGGAGAAAAUUGCACUGCAGUUGGCGGAAAAGGCGGGGGAGAGGCACAGGGACAGAAAGAGCAAGGCUCUUGAAGCAGCGAGACGAUCUUUUGCAACGCCCUCACCCCGGAGUUUAUCCACAAUUGAUCGUCUGAGUUCUAUGUCACCCGCAGCAAGAAGACUGGCUACACAGAAAUUGAAAAUCAUUAGCACCCCCACUCCACGGAGGACACCCACAAGGACCCCCUCAAUAGGAGUAAAAACCCUCACCUUAACACCAAGGGUUUACACACCCAGUAGAACCCCAGAAUCAUCAGAUAAUCAGAGGCAAUCGAGGGGUAUUAUACUGACGGAUAAUCUUCUCAAUCUUCCACAGAGACAGCGAGCUGCAGAUUUUUUUAACAAAUAAAAAUAUAGUUUUACAUAAAUGUUAGAAAUUUUUCUAACAGACCUAUUUAUAUUCAAUCUACCAAACUGAUACCUCAAUACUGACUGUUGUAAAUACAUUCUUCCUUGUUUGAA